AGGAUGUAGUCUUUGCUGAGAGCACUUUCUUUAAGGUUCUUUUUAGUCUUCAGGAACAUUUGACUAGAUGAAUGAGGAGAGGAUUUAUGCUAGUUUCCUUUCAUUUUUGUUAACUUUGCCUGCUUUUUUGUAACUUUUGUCUCCUGCAACAAAAUCUUUUCAGCUCAUCGGGCUUAUUGAAUAUAUAAUCACAAGCUGAUCCCAGCCUAUGGGGAAGUGCACAUAAGAAGAGGAUAAAUAUGGCUUUUAAGGGCGAGGAUCACUUAGAUUCCCUUUCAUUACCAGUUCAGCGCAUGCAUUUAAUCCAGGUGGACUCUGUUCAGCGUUGGAUGGAAGAUCUGAAGUUGAUGACAGACUGCGAAUGUAUGUGCAUUCUCCAGUCCAAGCCCAUCAGCAUUGAGAAGGAUGAACAAAAUGAACUUAUGCUUUCCUCACAGUAUAGCACUUGUGAUAACUUGCAGCUUCUAUUAAAGAGAGCUUGGAUCAUAAGCACAGAAUUGACAAGGAUUGCUCAGAAGCUGGAGAAGAAUAGGUGGCAGAGAGUCCACAGCAUGACAGUAAGAGUCAACUGCCAUGUGCGUUCAAUGAUAAAUGAGUACAAUACUUUCACCAGGAAUCCUUCAGAAGAAAUGCACCAGUUUGAAAAACUUUUAAUAGACAAGUGUUCAGAAUUUACAGCAUUCACAGAAAGGUGCAUACAGACUGAAGAUGAAGAGAUACUGAAGUCUAUGAAAUCUUGUAUUAAUGAAACACUCACCACCGUUGCCCAGUAUUUUGGCCAGUUGAUAGAGCUGGUUUUAACACAUGAGGCACAGAACCUGCUGAGACAAAUAGAGCUGUCAGACAGUGUGCACGUCACCGAGUCGGCGAUCAGCAGUUUGUUCAGCCUUACCCAGGAAGGUGCCCAUCUGUGCCGUAUCAUAGCUAAGGAAGGAGGUGUAGUCACUCUCUUUAAGAUCUGUCGCCAGGAUUGCUUCAGAUGUCUUUAUCCCCAGACACUGAGAACCUUGGCAUCAAUUUGCUGCGUAGAGGAAGGGAUGCACCAGCUGGAAAAGGUUGAUGGGAUACUGUGCCUGGCUGACAUUCUCACUGAUAACAGCCAUUCUGAAGCUACUCAUGCUGAAGCAGCAGCAGUAAUUGCACAGAUCACAUCUCCACAUCUCACCUUCACUCAGCAUCUCAGCAGCUUUCUGGAAAAUAUGGAAGAAAUUGUGACUGCGCUUGUCAAACUGUGCCAAGAAGCUUCGUCAGGUGAAGUUUUCUUGCUGGCUUCAGCAGCUCUUGCCAAUAUUACUUUCUUUGAUACUAUGGCUUGUGAAAUAUUGCUCCAGUUAAAUGCAAUGAAGAUUCUUCUAGCAGCAUGUUCGGACAAACGCAUAGUGGAUACUCCAUAUUCUCGAGAUCAGGUGGUAACAAUAUUGGCAAACAUGUCUGUGUUGGACCAGUGUGCUUCAGAAAUCAUUCAAGGAAAUGGUAUUCAGCUUUUAAUGGAAAUGCUCUUUGAAAAAUCAUCUUCAGGAAGUUCAGCAGAAGUUGCUGCCUGUGAGCGAGUCCAACAGAAAUCUGCAGUAACACUGGCACGACUCAGCCGGGAUCCUGAAGUGGCAGAUGCAGCUGUAAAACUCAGCUGUAUUCCUCGCCUAAUUAAACUUUGCAGAUCACCAACCGAAAGAAAUAACAGCGAUUCUGUUCUAGUGGCAUGUCUGGCAGCCUUACGAAGACUAGCAGUUAUGAGUCCUGAAGGACUUGAAGAUUCAGAUUUUCAGCAGCUAGUAAAGCCCAGACUUGUGGACUCUUUUCUGUUAUGCACUAAUAUGGAAGAGAGCUUUGUAUAAAUGUGAGCCAAAAAUGAUAAUCAACAUGAUAAGUAUACAGUAAGAUAAUACAUGUACAAUUUUGUUUUUUUUUUUAGUCCUAUUGUUAUUUAUGACUUAUUUAUUCUAAACCCACGAACAUGCAUUUUGUAAGAGAAAAGGAACAGAAUGAGCAGACUUGUUUCAGUGAUUUGCAAAGACAAUUUUUUAUUUUAUUUUCCUGCCAAGACACAUCAACAGACCUUAUCAUUGCCAUCUAACAAAAUUUUGGUUUUUUUAAUAUAGUUAAAUCAAGGUAAUGAAGCCAAGAAUUUCUUGCUAUGAUGUUAAAUGCUUCUAAUAAUGUUUUAUCUCUGAUAUUUUUCUAUGGUUAGGACAUUUUGCUGAUUUUUUUUUAAUAAAAGCUUUAGCCUCAUGCAUUUGCUGUUUUAGAAGAAAAAUAAUCCUAAAAACUGCAAGUAUAUACUUAGAAAUGAAAGGGAUGUUACAGUCUAAGUCCAGUUCUUAACUGUUGUUGUUUUUAAUAGAAUUAUGAAAUAUGUAACUGAGAGGAAAACUUCCAGAAAAUUUUCAAAUACUGGCUUUGAAUGAUGUUAGAGGACAUUCUUACAUUGUAUAAAGAUAUGCUCCUCUAGAGGAUACACACUUGCAGAAAACUAUUUACAUUUACUGAAAUUUCUGAAAGAAAUUAAUAAAAUUCUAGAAAAAUCUCUGAUGUAUGUUUUAUUUCAUAAUGUGAGAUUAUCCCCCUAAGAUUUAAAAUCAUUACAUACUGAUAAUUUUCUCUCUUUUCCAAGCCUUGGAGGAACUGGAGGUGCUUAUGUCUAGACAUGUUUUUAAUAUUCAUGUUGCUACUACGUUUGUGAAAAGUUGUGCAUGCAUAUGUUAAAUAAUGAGAACAGAUAAUUGUAACUUGAAUUUCUAUUUUUCUGUUUUUCUAACUAGUCCUCUAUUUCUAAAAUGAAAUGGGACUUUGAGGAUAUUUUGGCAUUGAGAAGAUUUUACCAAUGGAUAACAACUUAAAGAAUAGACUUGAUUUUAAAAUAGAUUUUUUUCAUGAACAUUCUUCUAAGUUCUUGCUUUUUCUUUUCAUUGAGAAACAAUAUAUAUUUAAAAUUAUUCAAAGAGCAAUAUCUUCAGAGUGUUUUUCCCCUUAAAUUCUCACAAAGCACUCUGUAGAUUAUAAAAGUAUAUAUAAUAUUUUUCUUGAUGGUUUGCAACUAUUGCUUUGGAUCACUUUGUGAUCAGCAACUUUAGGGUAGUAGGACUUCUGCCAAAAAAGUAAGCACAUUUCUUCCUUACUGUACUUAGUAGAUAUGUUAAGCAGCUUAAUUAAUUAAUGUUUAUUUAGUAUUAUGUGGCAUUUAGAUGAGAGACACCAGGAAAUUGAGAAGUUGUGACUGUCUUCCACAUUUUCUGUGUCUGAAAAAUCUGUCCUGGUUCGAGUGGUGAUACAUGGUGGAUACUUUUCUCUUCCCUUGAGUACAUGGGUUAAGAAGUCUCUGCCUUAACAUUUCUUUCUUGUGAGCUCUUCAUUUAAUAAGCUCUAUCUUGACUGAAUUUUAAACCAUUAGAAAACCUACAAUGACCUCUGUCAAAAGCAACUACUCAAAGAGAAGUGUUGAAUCAGAUGUUUCACAGAUGUAAUUUUCUAGUAAGUGCAGAGAUGAAUUCUGCUUUGUUUUCUUACUUUGAGACAGCUCCUUAAAUUUCCAAGGUUGUUAAAGUGUAUAGUACUGUACAGCUUUAAAAAUAUUAUAUUACCAAUGGACUUUAACACUUUCCUCACUAAGCAGAAAUAAACCAUGGAUGCUUUAAAUGUUAAAAUCAACAUUCUUGUUAUAAAAAGUGAACUUAUAAAUUACACUAAAAAAAGACUUAAAAUAAGGUCCUGUUGCACUGUUCUGAUAGCCUGGCAAUCCCUGACAGAAUACAACACAUCAAAUUCUGUUGUGAAUGAACCUCAUUCUGUCAGCUGGAACUAACACUAGAGAUAUCAGCAUGUAGAUGGAGUAGGGUUUAUCCCAUAACAGGUGAAGUUGAAAUCUCAUUUAAAAAAUUUCCACAAAUGCAAAGUGAACUGAAGGAGCUAUUAAGAAAAUACCACUGUGACUCAUAAUGCUUUAAUGCCAUUUCUAACAGGUCAAUCAAAUAUUCAGUGAGCAGGUCAGUAGAAAUUAAUUUGCUCUCAGAUACAGUAAUGUGGAUCCACAUCAAUUGAAUUUAUUACAGAUACUCUCAAUCUGUAACUAUGUAGCCAUAAUUCUGGCCCAUAUUGUCGUUUUACAUGUGUUCAUAUUAUGAAUAUGGCUGUUUGUAUUAUAAAACCAAAAUACAUUUAGGUGGAUCUCUCAUUUGUAGUAGAAAAUACAUCUUGAAAGAGCCAUUUUGGACCUUUUAAUCACCUAAGUGUCCUCAAAACCAUUUUAUCUAUGUCUGAUUUUUUCAUCUAGAGUUGAGCACUUUAUUUUUAUAUAGGGUAAAGUUUAUGAGAAAAUAGACAUACUUCUACCUUACCUCUUAAUUAACUUGGAAAUAAUAAUUCAAUGAAAAUAUUAAAUUAUUUUCUCAUUGCUUCUGAAUAAAUACUGGAUUAAAAAUGUUUGCUUAGAAAGUGACUCUUCAAAUAAAAAAAAACACCAACCAACCAACCAACCAAUGAACCAUUUAAGCCAGAACAAACAUUUUUUAUUUCAAUGUAGUAUGAAAUAAAAUAUUUCAUAUUAAAAAUUUACCCUGAAGUAAGUAUUUUGGUGGCUCAACCUUUGGACUCCCUGUGCAUAUACAUAUAGAGUUAGGAAAGAGAGAGUAUGUGUAAUACAUUCCCAAAUCAACUAAUAUAUGUGGACUCAUUGACCUACAGAGACUGCAUGUAGGUUAGAUAUUAGCUUAAUCAUUCCAGCAACUGCAUAUUACGCUUGUUAGAAAUGUUGUAGUUUCAUUGAAAUUCUUCUGAACAUUUUCGAUUUUGUAUGAGAUUAGAAACCUUUCACAAACGUGCAGUGAAUUGCAGGAUUCUUUGUAAUUUUGAUUUACAUUUCAGUGAUUUUGGAUAACGUCUUCAAAUUUCAGCUUUUGUUUGAACUGUUUACAGAUAUUCAGGGCCCAGAUGUUUCAUUCAUGGAAUAAAUUUUGUUUUUUCUCAGUUUAUUGUGUGUUUGGUACAUGAAUCACUUGUGUGGAAUGUUACUCGUCUGACCUGUUCUGUUUAAAAUAAUAUGUGUAUCUACAAGGGAUUAGAUAAUGCCUUUGUAAAUUGGAUAUCAUAUCUGGUUUUGGGAUUGCCUGUUAGUAUUCAAAAGACAGGACUUCUUCUGUAGCACUUCUUAGUACAAAACAAUUCUGGUAUCUCAUAUGGCUUGUUCCAAAUCUGUAUGUUGACCAUCUCCUUUUAAACAACAGCAAUGAACAGUCAAAA